AUGUUAACUUAUAUAAAAGAAUGGUAUAUAAUAGUAUGUAUUAUACAAACUGCGAUAGCUAACACAAUUAAUGCCAAUAAAAAUGGUACAUCAUUAGAUGGAAGUCGACAUUCCCGCGUGAGCGGUCGAAUAGUGAAGUUACAUUCUGAAAUCCAGCCAGAGUCAGUUACUUGCAUUAGUGAAGGAUUUUUAGCAGACCCUACGGAUUGUAGAACUUUUUACCGCUGUAUCAAAGGAUCCAAAGGAAAAUAUACAAUUCUUCGGUUUCAAUGCGGUCCGGGGACCGUAUAUGAUCCUGAUACUGAAGUGUGUAACCAUUCGCAUAGUACAAAACGAUCCGAAUGUAGAUCAAGUCGACCUUUUCAAUUUAUUAUUGCACCUGUUGAACAAAUAAGCGAUAACGACAUAGAACCUGCCAAAGAAUUGCCAUCACCUAUUACUGCACGAAAACCAUUAUACUCUGAGCAAAAACCAAAUCAAGUAUUGGUUAGUACAACAACAAAUUACCCGUCGUUAAUGACGGCUGUUGUUCCACAAAAUUCUGUUUAUGGAGCCUUAUCGUCUAUUAAUCAAGAACAUGAAACAUUUAAGCCACAAACACAAGAGAUUUUAACUACAACGACGAAGUAUCCGACAUCUAAGUUCUCUGUUGUAUCUACGGCCUAUCCUUGGACAAGUUUUACUAAUCAGUUUUUGGUGACUACAGUUUCUUCCUAUUUGAAUUCGCAGCACAGCAAUGAAUGUACAUACAAUGGAUUCAUUGGUGACUAUGAAGACUGUAGAAAAUUUUACAGGUGCGUUAAUAAUCAAAAGGGAGGUUUUGUUAAAUAUGAAUUUAUGUGUAGCGAGUCUACGAUAUGGGAUGAUGACACACAAAGCUGCAACCAUCCUUGGGCUGUACGACGUCGACGCUGUGCACGUGGUGAUUCUAUAAACCAUACAUCUUCGAAAUUUGAUGAAGAUUUUUCACAAAUAAACAAAAAAAAUUAUGAAACGGAAUUGGCUGGUUAUGAUAUACAAGCGACACAAGCUCCAGUUACAGCUAGUUCAACAUCACGUGUUGCCAGUCAAAUAAAUUACGAAGACCGCGUUAGCUCUCAUGAAGAAAUUAGUACUAAGAAAAACAGGAUUAAAGAAAAUAAAGUCGAAUUACAAACCCAAUAUCCUACUAUAGAUAAACAAACUGAAUAUAUAUCAAGCAACUCAAAUCCAUUAAGUCAAACUCAUUAUAACACAAAUUUAUUGCAUCAUGUUGACAAAGUUCCAGUUUAUCAUACAAAUUACUCAAAAAAUGAAAUAGAUAAUUUUAAAUGUAGUGAGUCCGGUUUUGUGAGGGACCCAAAUGAUUGCAGAAAAUUUUAUCGAUGUAUUGAAAAUGGCAGAGGUAGCUACACUAAAUAUGAAUUUUCAUGCGGAGAAGGAACGGUAUGGGACAAAAAUAUAGAGUCAUGCAACCAUGUAUGGAUGGUUAAAGAAUGUGGGGGUAAGAUAAUUUCUAACAGUUCGCCAUCAGCGAAACCUUACGAUGAAAAUGCUUACAUCACAUCUACGUCAAGUUUUAUAAGUGACAAUAAUGGGUAUAAUUCUGACGGCUAUAACUUGCAAAAAGAAAAAGAUAAACAAGAAAAUUUAAAUCCAUCUGUUUUGCAACAAGUAAAUGAGACGUUAUUGAAGCCUGAUGAAGUCACUGUAAGUCAAGUAGUCUGUAGUUCUACUGGAUACAAGGGCAGCAAAGUAGAUUGUAAAAGGUUUUAUCGAUGCAUAGAAAAUAAAAAUGGUGGAUUUACUAAAUUUGAGUAUAUGUGUGAUGAGGGUACCGUUUGGGAUCCAGACAUAGAGGCGUGUAAUCAUGCGUGGAUAGUAAAAAGUUGUGGCCAGAGCUCCAAAAACAAAACAAAAUUUAGUACGCCUAGCACAGAAGCUACCAUUAUUACAACAAUAUCAUUUAUUCAAACAACAAUACAGUCAAAUGACAUUAACAAUGAAAAUAAUAUGGGCUUCGGUCCAAAUAAUUAUACUGAGACAACAUCAAAAGUAAUAACUACUACUAAGAUGCCCAUAAAUAUCGAAAACAAAUGUGAAAAAAGUGGCUUUAUGGCAGAUAAUUAUGACUGUCGAAAAUUUUAUAGAUGCGUUGAAAACGGAAAUGGUGGUUUUAUUCAAUUCGAAUAUUCGUGUGGUGAAGGAACUGUUUGGGAUUCAGAAAUCGUAGCGUGUAAUCAUUAUUGGGCAGUUAAAAGCUGCGGAUACAAUGUAUCUAAUGAGGUACACGAGAAAAUACCUAUAAAGCCACCUCCUUCGGACUCUGUUGAAGAGGCUGUUAAUAUUUAUUCUACCGAAACUUAUAAAGAGACUAUCAGAACCACUCAUGGUACAUAUAGCACUUCUAACUUUAAUUCUGCCACAAAUAACACAACUGAUAGUAAUAAGAUUAAUAUAUGCAACAAUAAUGGCUUUAUUGGGGAUGAGUACGAUUGCAAGAAAUUUUAUAGAUGUGUAUCUAACGGCGAUGGUAGUUAUAAACAAUAUGAAUUUUCUUGCGGUGAAGGCACAGUGUGGGAUCCUUCAAUUGAAUCGUGUAAUCACGCUUGGGCCGUGAAAAGGUGUGGAGGUAGUUCAAAUAUACAACAAGAAGCACCAACUCUUAAACCAUCAACUACAACGCACACCAUGAAUGAUGAUUUUGACAACAGUUAUUCAACACACAGUCAAAGUAAUUAUAAUCAGAAUCAGAGUACUACGGUUUCAUCUACGUAUAAUACACCAGUCAUCGCAGUCAACAAAGAAUGUAAAACUGUUGGAUUUUUUGCAGACGAAAACGACUGUAAAAUAUUUUAUAGAUGCGUAAAUAAUGAACAAGGUGGGCUUACUCGUUUCGAAUUUUCUUGUGGAGAAGGUACAGUUUGGGAUCCAAAAAUAGGAGCAUGUAAUCAUGCUUCAUUAGUUAAGGAUUGCGGUAUGAUGUCAAUAACUUCUGAUGGAAAUGUGGCACAACCAGUAACCACAACUAAUUUAGAUGUAGAUUUUACAACGUCAAGUUAUUCACAGAACGAAGCAACAACUACAAUUAAAACACCUCACACCAGCAAUAUCUGUAUAGGAGAGGGAUUUUAUAGUGACUAUUCAGACUGUAAAAAGUUUUAUAGAUGUGUUACUAAUCAACAAGGAGGUUUUGACAAAUAUGAAUUUGUUUGUGGGGAAGGUACUAUCUGGGAUCAAAAUAUUCAAGCCUGCAAUCAUGCAUCUAACAAUAAAAAUGACUGCUUAAGACCGUCUGCAACAAAUAUAACUUCAACAAAUAAGCCGACUGUAGCAGCUACGGAACCAAGUAGUACAGUAAAUCAACCUUCACCAGAUUUAGAAGAUCAUUCUACACAAAUUAAUAAAAAUUCUACGUCCAGCACGGAGGUAAAUUGCUUCGCAGAUGGAUUUUAUCCUAACCCUAAAGAUUGUAAGAAAUUCUUCCGUUGUGUUAACAAUGGCAAAGGCGGAUAUGAGAAAUAUGAUUUUACUUGUGGAGAAGGAACAAUUUGGGUGCAAGUUAUUCAAGCUUGCGAUCAUGAAAUUGAUACUUUCACAUGUAGUACUGAGAUGUCUACAGUAAGUGAAAUACCUAUAUUUGUCACAAAUAUCACAACACCAUCUGACAUAAGCUCGACGCAAAACGAAAAACCAAGCAAAGAUGAGAGCCCAACAGAUACCCAAAGUGAUUCAAAUAUUCUACAGAAUAAUAAAUGUCACUCAGAAGGAUAUUAUGCCUCUCCGAACGAUUGCCGCAAAUUUUACCGUUGCGUAAUUAAUGACCGAGGCGAAUAUACAAAAUAUGAGUACAUUUGCGGUGAAGGCACCGCCUGGGACACAGACACACAUGCUUGUAAUCACAUUACAAAUGUAAAUAGAUGUCAAAAUACAAAUGCACUAGAAGUUCAAGUCACUUCAACAGCGAAAUACGAAAAGGAAUCUAAGACAACCGAUAAUAUAUCUGCACAAAAAUCAACAACUUUGGCUCCGGAAACAACAUCCAGAAAAGAAAGUCCUUCAAGCAACGAUAACUGUAAUAACGAGGGUUACUAUGGAAAAAAAGAGAACUGUCAAAUGUUUUAUAGGUGUGUUGACAAUGGAAAGGGUGGUUACAUUAAGUAUGAUUAUAUUUGUGGUGAGGGUACCAUAUGGGAUCAAGACAUUUUAGCUUGUAACCAUCCAAAAGAUGUUACAAAUCCUUCAUGCGAACAAACUACAGAUGGUACGUCUUCAACAAGUACGGUGUCACCUGUUUACUCAACAACAGGCUCUACAAAUGUUUCAUCAGCAACGUCUUUAGCGCCUACAGAAUCUACAAUGAGCUCUCAUGAAAGUAGCAGCCAAGGAUCCGUAAACUGUUCAGGUGAAGAAAAUUCUAAAAAACCAGAAAAUCAGAAUGUGACUUGUACUAAAGCAGGGUAUUUUUCUAACCCCAACGAUUGCAAAAAAUUUUAUAGAUGUGUUGAUUGGGAUGGUGAUGGUAAGAGAUUUUCAGUUUUUAAUUUUGAAUGCGGUGAAGGUACUAUAUGGGACCCCGCUCUUGACACUUGUAAUUAUGAAGAAUCGGUAUACCCUCCACGUACUUGUGGAUCACAAUCACAAACGAAUAACAGUACUUCUGAAACUUCAACUGUCACUGAUAAUUAUUCUACCAGUGUUUCCAUGGAAACAACUCAACAGACACAAGAGUUGACAAGUAUUGAAUCGACUACAAUGCGACAAUCCUCUAGUAGUGAAACUACUACUACCCAAUCAACUAUAACAGAAGUUCAAUCUACCACUCCAUCGUCUUCAACAAGUAAUCAUGCAUCUUCUACAAGUAUGUCACCUACUACUACUGAACAAAUUGUAAGUGAACAGCCUACUACGGAGAAAACUACUAGUACAUCUGAUCAAACUACGACCACUGAUCAAAUCACAACAACUGCAGGUGAAAAAAGUACAACAGAACAGAUAACUACUACAAGUGAAAAAACCACGACUGAACGACAAAUGUCGUCUACUGCUGAUCAACAAACUUCAACUACAACUGAACAACAAACAUCUUCCACAACUGAACAAACUUCUACAGAACAAUCGAGUACCCAAACAACUGAAAGUUCCACGGAAAAAUCAACGACCAAAGAAGAAACAACUACACUGCAAUCUACCACUGUGCAGCAAUCAAGUACUGAAGUAACAACUGAAAAAGAAAACUCCUCUCCUACUACUAAAGAGACAACAUCUGCAGGUACAAGUGCACCAACAGAGAACUCCUCAGAAACAACUACAGAGGAAAGUUCAUCUAACGCUAAUAAUUGUCCGGAUACUGACAGUGAUCAAUAUUUAUUCGCAUGUCCUACCUCAUUUAGAAGGCAUCCCAAGUAUUGUAAUCUUUUCUAUCAAUGCCUAGAAGAUAAUAAUAAUCAUGAACUAAAAAUUGCAGUAUUCAAUUGUCCAAAUGGCACCAUUUAUGAUGAAAGUAAAAUACAGUGUGUUGAGGAAAGCAAAGCAGAAAAGAAAUGCCAGGGAAGCAUAGCUAAAGAUCGUAGAUUUAAACGAUUGAACGUAAAUAACAAAGAGAUGAUAAGAGUAAGUGGAAAUAAAUAUAAAUGUCCAGGAAUCGGCCAUUUUCCUUUCGAGAAAAGUGAAGAAUGUUCUCCUGCCAUUUUAAAAUGUGAAGUUUCUAAAAUUGGAAAAUUGCGCGGAUUUGUAUUUCGCUGUCCUGAAAAUUAUGUGUAUUGGUCAAUAAGUAGAAGAUGUGAACCUAUUUCUAAGAUGAAGGAAUGCAAUCGCUCUCCAAAUCAAUGGGAUGGAAGACCAGAAAUUCCAGUAGAAAGAAAAAACGUAGCGUGA